CUUUAACUUGGGAGGAUUUAUCUAUCGUCAAUUAAAUACUCCGUGCAGCGGGAUAUGGUCGAAUCGGUCAAGUGUCUGUCUUUUUUCUCAGGUCAACACCAGUGACGAACAUUUUCCACAUUACCUCUUGUCAGAAUGGCAUCGAAUACUCCCCACGCGAGACCGACACAAAGAUCCGACAAGAUUAUCAUUAUCGGCGGCGGAUUAUUUGGAUUGACGACUGCCUUGGAGCUGCGUAAACGAGGAUAUGAGCAUAUCACUGUCUUGGACCGGACACUUCCACCGGCUCCAGACGCCUCGAGCCAUGAUACAUCACGGCUCAUCCGUCCGGAUUACGCGGAUCCAUUCUACUCCAAGAUCGCAUACGAGGCAAUGGAAAAAUGGGAGGCUGAAUGGAGCCAGUAUUUCAACAAGAGUGGCUUGGCCAUUGUAGCCCAUUCGGAAUCCCAUCCCUACAUCGACGGAUGUAAGAACACAUUGACUCAGCUCGGAAAGGACUUCAACGCAUUCAACAAUUCCUACGACGUACGGAGACAUUUCCCUGACUUCUCCGGUGGCUCCAUCUGCGGCUAUGAGAACAAAGACGCAGGCUGGGUCGAUGCGGCAGCCGUGAUGAAGGAUUUGGCGUACAAGUGCAUUUCAGCAGGGGUGUCCUUCAUCACAGGACCCAAGGGAACCGUGUCUUCGCUCGUCGUGACCGAUGGCCAGGUCACCAGCGUCAGAGAUAUCACCGGGGGAUACCUGGCUUGUGACAGAGCCAUCCUGGCGACGGGGUCAUGGACAAAUUAUCUUCUUGACUUACAAGGCUCCGCCGUCUCUGCAUGUCAGCCUGUCGGAUAUAUCCAGUUAUCCCCGGAAGAGGCGAAGGAGGUGGCUACUUUGCCGGUGGUUCUAGAUUUUACUUCCGGGUUCUUGGUCUUUCCACCCACAGCAGACCAUGUGCUGAAGGUUAUGCGUCACGGCUAUGGUUAUGAGACGUCUUAUGCCAUCUCUGCUCAUGGCACGCACGGAGGCAGUAUUUCUGGACCGAGGCUUAUCCCGCGCCUCAUGAAGGGGCAGUACAUCCCCCCGGAGGCGGAUGAGGCUUUACGCGCAGGCUUAGAGCGAUAUCUCCCUCAGUUCAAGGACCGACCGUGGGCUAAGAAGUCUCUUUGCUGGUAUACCGACACCGUUGAUGGCAACUUUAUCAUUGGACAUCAUCCGAGGAUAUCGAAUUUGUUCCUAGCAACUGGCGGAAGUGGACAUGCCUUUAAAUUUCUCCCAGUGCUGGGAAAGUACGUUGUCGAUGGCCUUGAGAAUGCUCUACCUGACGCUCAACGCCAACGGUGGGCCUUCAAGCCGUCAGACAAACCGAUGUCCAAAGGAGACGGGAGUAGGGCUGGUCCGCCAAGGCGUGUUUUGACUGCUAGUGAGCAGGCAAGGCUCUAGGGGUGAUGAGAUGGACUCGUUCGAGAUAAACUUGAAAGCCUAGAAAUUAGCAUGCGAUACGAACAAUCAGAACUGUAUUUCCUUGAUUAGACUAAGAUUUUGCUGUUUGCCACAAGGUCUUACUGCAAAGAAAUGGCUAUUGCCUUUUCUCAUGUGACACGUCUCGAGGUUAA